AUGAAGCUCUUCUCCUUUCUAUCCACAGCAGCGCUGGUUGCGCCUGCCAUCGCCAUACCAUAUGACGAAUACAUCCUGGCACCAAGAUCACGAACCCUUCACCCAGUGUCCGUGCACAACACCAAUGGCUCCGUCAGCAACCCUGAGAACCUUACCAGAUCGAACGGCAGUACGACCUUCGAUGGCAACGCAGCCACCUCCUACGACUUCGGCAUCAACAUCGCUGGCGUGGUUUCUCUUAACAUAAACUCGGUUUCAGACUCUUUACAAUACAUCGGCGUCACAUUCUCUGAGAGCUCAUACUGGAUCUCCAAUGCUUCUUCUGAUGCAACCGCCGAUGCCGGAAAGGACGAGACGCUAUGGUUCCAUGUCACUGAGCCAGGUCGAUACACUGCGCCGAGGAAGAAAGAGAGGGGUGGCUUCAGGUACAUGACUUUGGUGCAUAACUCGACCGGCACGGUUGAGGUCACGAGCGCCGAGGUGCACUAUACUGCCAUGCCACACUGGGAGGAUGAUGCGAUUGCGAACUAUACUGGGUACUUCCACUGUGAUGAUGAGUUGCUAAACCGCAUCUGGUAUGCUGGUGCAUACACAAACCAGAUCUGCACUAUCGAUCCUACUCAUGGUGAUUCACUGAUUCACAUUCGCGAGAUUAAUUCAUCGGUCUCAGAUGCGACCAACGUUACAUGGUACUACAACACCACAAUCACGAAUGGUACCUCUACACUGGUCGAUGGUGCCAAACGAGACAGACUUGUAUGGGCAGGUGAUAUGGCUAUUGCUGUCCCCGGUGUCGUGGUAUCAACCAAUGAUGUAAUCUCAAUCGAAAACUCUCUCAAUUCACUCUUCGACAUCCAGGCUGCAAACGGUCGCCUGCCCUACGCUGGACGACCAUUCCCAAAUUCCGUAUCCUUCACGUACCAUUUAUACACGUUGAUUGGUGUUGCCGACCACUACCUGUACACCGGAGACAUCGACUAUCUCCGGUCCCUCUGGGACCAAUGGAAGCUCGGCCUCUCCUGGUCACUCAGCUACAUCGACUCUUCGGGGCUUAUGAACGUCACUUCUCCUGCCGACUGGCUGCGUUUCGGCAUGGGUGGCCACAACGUCGAAGCCAAUGCAAUUCUCUACUACACCAUCAACCACGGUGUCGAGCUUGCCGCUGCUCUCAACGAUACAUUGUCAACUUCCAACUGGACUACCAUCGCCGAGCGCAUCAAGACUUCCGCCAACGAACUCCUCUGGAACAAUGAGGCGGGCAUGUACAUCGAUAACGAAACCACAACGCUCAUGCCUCAAGACGGCAACUCCUGGGCCGUUGUCGCAAACCUGACUGUCAACUCCACACAAGUGCAACGCAUCUCCUCCGCGCUCGCAGACCGAUGGACACCGUACGGUGCCCCCGCGCUCGAAGCCGCAGAUGCCAUCUCGCCCUUCAUCUCCGGCUUCGAGCUGCAGGCACACUUCCUCGCCGAGAACACGACCGCCGGUCUCGAGCUUAUGAGAUUGCAAUGGGGCUUCAUGCUCGACGACCCACGUAUGACGAACUCGACCUUCAUCGAAGGAUACUCGACGACCGGCGAGCUGCAUUACGCGCCGUACCUCAAUGAUGCGCGAAUCUCGCACGCGCACGGUUGGGCGACAGGGCCAACAUCUUCGCUGACGUUCUACAUUGCUGGUAUCCAGCUCCUCAGCGCUGGAGGCAAGACGUGGCGCAUUGCCCCUUCGCUGGGCGACUUGAAGAUCGCCGAUGCCGGCUUUAGCACAGAUAUCGGUUUCUUCUCAGCGAAGACCCAAGUUGGUGACGAAGGUGCGUGGGCGAUGGAGUUCGAGGCGCCACAGGGGACGAGUGGUGAGGUGAAGCUGCCAAAGCUGGGUUGUGUGGGUAGAGUGGUGUUGGAAGAGCAGAGCGGUAAUUAUGAGGAUAUACUUGUUGAGGUGCAGGUUGCUGAUGCUGGGCCGGUGACGGUUGAUGGGCUGCCGGGUGGAAAGUGGAGUGCUAAAUAUGAGUGUUCGUCAUCUUAGAC